UGGCAGUAUUUCAGUUGAUAGAAGCGUGUGGUAGAGACCGUUUUAUGACUGGUUGUACUUUAUUAUACGUCGUCACGUAUGAAGUCAUUCAUGAACCGACAUUUUACAAGUUAAACAUCAAACAACGAUCAUGGAGGAAUCUAUUCAGAUGCCACCAGAAAAAUCUGAUUCAAAAGAAACUUUAGUAGGAAGUAGUGGUUUAGUGUCAGCUGCCCUGACACCUGAGAAAGACUUUGAAGCUAUUACAUUGGAAGAGAAGAAGCAACCAAAGCGUGUACUACAUUUUAGCGAUGGAAUACUUGAGGAAUUCAGUUCCGAUGAAGAAGAUGAAACUGACGAUUCAACACCAAAAAUAGAUCCUAAAACCUUGACUUGGAUACCAUAUAUGUGGUAUUACUGUGUGCUUGGAGCAACCAAAACUCUAGCAGUUUGUGAUUUUGUUGGAGAGAAAUUUGCAUGGUGGCUUGGAAUUACAUCACCUAAAUAUCAGUAUGCCAUAGAUGAGUACAACAGGUUACAUGCUGAGGAACGAGAAGAACUCGACCAGGAAGCAGAGGAACGCGAGGAGAUUAGAAACAGAGUGGCAGAGACAAAUGCAAAAAAGUUGUACAUGGACCCUGUUGGACAGCCAGGAACAGAUCCCUCAGCAUCAAACAUAUAACACUUCACAAUUUAGUGAAAUUCUUAGUCCUACCAGUAACAGAUUUGCACCGGUUUAGUGUAUAACUUAUUUGCUAGUUAACUAAGUAAACUAUAUCUAACUAGGCAAUAUCUAGCUAACUAACUAGUUAACUGAAUAUACUAUAUCUAACUAGAAAAUAUUUAACUAGCUAGUUAACUAACUAAACUGUAUCUGACUAGCUAGUUAACUAAUUAAACUGUAUCUAACUAGUUAAUGAGUGAAUAUCUAAAUAGCUUCUUAAGGCAAGACCUUUUGUUAUACCUUGUUCUGCAAACCUGACGCUAAUGAUGAUUUUAUGCAAUUUGUUUGUGGCCGUAGAACAUGCCCGCCGUUACCAUAACAUUUCAGAAAAGACAAACUUUUUAUUAUCACAUCCGCCUUCACCGCCAGAAAAUACAUACAUACAUUACAUCAUUUAUAUAGCGCUAUAUCAUGAAGAUCAGAGCGCUGACAAAAUUAAUAAAUACAAAUUGUUCAUCAGUCAAAUAGUGAACUGUUUAUGUUACAAAAGGUGCCCUCUAUUUUUACAUCAAACAGUAUUUUUAAAAUGUGCCAAUACAAUUGUAUUUCUAUCUUCUCAUGCUUUUGGUAGAACCAUUUUGCUAAAUGAGAACAAUUUUUUUCUGCCCUCUCUAAUGGUCUUUUUAAAAGAUAAAGUUUGCUUAACAAGUUUAAAUGAAAAUAACCGAAAGGUCCACUGUUUAAUCUCAGAUAAGAUAGUAUAAUACAUACAGCAAGUAUCAAAAUGCUUGCACGAUGGCGUGCAUUUCGAUAUUUGGAGUAUGUAUUAUACUAUCUUAUGAAAAUAAGUCUUGCAUAACUAGUGUACUAGUGUAGUUUACAUGGUGUUAGUGUAUUUCAUGUUAGCCAAUAGCAGUAGUUUUGUCAUGAUUGGAUCUCCAUGUAGACCUUAUCAUAAACUAGAUAAUGACGUAGCUGGUAGGACAUCCCUGUUAUAAAAUGCAAUAUGAGUUGUCUCCAAAGUAAAUGUUAAAAAUUAUUUAUGGCCACCAAUAUUUAAUGCUUUUACUUUAGGUUUGUUUGUAUUUCAUUUGUGUUACAUUUUUACAGUGCAGUAUUUCAAUUAUGGUGUGGUUGUUUGGCAUAUUUUUCUAUAUUUUGUAAUUAAAUUCAUGUUAACUAUAAGUGUUAUGUUAUGUCUUUAGAUUUUACAUUGUAUUUAAUUACAUUAUAGGCCUAGAUGUGUUUAUAUAUAAUUUACUACAUUGGUAAUAUUCUAUCAUAAAAUUUAGUGUAGCGCCCUCUAUGUAGGUUUAUACUUUUUCAGAUUUCUUCAAGAUAUUCCAAAUGUUGGGAGCUAAGAAUUUUAAGUGUGUAUAAAUUGGAAAGAAAAAAUUUCCAGUUGUGCAUCGCCUGGGGUGGAUGCAAGGGGUGCAGAUGGUGCGAUCGCAACCCCCUAAAUUGCAUUUUUUUAAAUAAUUGUUGUAUUGUACAGUAUUGUUGAUAUGAACAUACUGUAGGCAGUACUGUGCAAUUUCUGGGCACUUAGAGGUCCAUAGUUGCAAAGUUUUCUCACUUCUGCCCCAAAUUUGGUGGGGCUGAGGUGGUGUGGACUGUGCACCCCUUACUGCCAAAUCUUGCAUUAGCUCCAGAUCCCCCAAAUUUAGCAAGCAAGUCAAGGAUAGUAUUAAAAGCACUGUGUUGUUUUGAAUACUGUACAGUAGAAUGUAACAUGCAUUGGGGCUGUGCUCUAGUGGUAAAUUCACCAUAAAUGGAUUUUAACCAUAAUUUUUUACAAGUAAGAAAAGGACCAAUUCAUAUUUUUUUUUGCAAGUAUUUUGGAAUUUUAAAGAUAAUUUGUAAUUUGAUAUACAUAUUCAUUAAUAGAAUCAAAAAUGUUGUAAGUCUGUAACUGUGUUAUUGAAAUGUUCUGUUUUAUAUUUUUCUAUCAAAAGAUUCUGUUUUUAAUCUAAAUUUCUAUUAUUUUCCUUGAUGUCAUCUCUAUGCAUGUGUACCAGGAUGAUAUAUCCCUCCAUUUAUUAUCUGAUAGUAAUCAAAGAUCACACAAGAUAGCGUUCUGAACGAUUUACGUGUAAACAAAAUAAAAGCCUUGAUUAGGCAGAAAAGUAAACACUUUUUGAGAGAGGGCGCCCUAGUUGUUGCCAUUGAAGGUGUUCGCGUCACGCCAAAGUUUGUUACCAAGUACAUUUUAAUGUUCCGUUUUUGUUUUAAAAAGAGAGCAUGCAUUGUAAAUAAACGUGCAGUGUGUGCUAUAGUCAAAGCAGACAAAGUUCAAAAGUAAUCACUUUUGCAAGAGGGUGCAGUCACUGUGUUAUUACAGAAUUUGCACACGAAAAUUACGGAGAAUACUAUCUUGUGUUUAUAAGAUCUUAGAUAAUAAUGUUUGAAUGAUUGUUUUUAUUAUUAUAAGUACAGGUAUACUGUACUUCGAUAUGCAUUACUCAGUUUCCUGCGUAGUCUUCUUUCAUGUUGCACAAGGUCUUUAUUGUCAUUGUAAGGCUUAAAGAACAUUUUGAAAUUAAUUUUCUCAUUUUGAAUACUUAACAUAAAGAUUAUCAACUGAAACAUAGGAAUUAGUGUAUUUAAAAAAUGUUUACCCAUAAUUUUACAGCGAAAAAUGAUAGAAACAAUUCCAGUCACUGGAAGCAUUUUAUUAUUUUAUUAUCCAUUAUAAAAAUCAAGGUACACAUUUUUAAUUUAAUAAUUUCUAUGCUCAAGUUCAUAAUUGGUAGAUGUUAUGCAAAAUGAGCAAGUUAAUUUAGUUUUUUUUUUUUAAUGAUUUUUUCACUUUGACAAUACAUCUUUAAUAAUUUGCUGAAAAUAAAACAGGUGAAACAUACAGUAAUGGAUGGAUACUGUAAACUUAAACUGGAAAUUUUAAGGAAAAAUCAAUUGUAUAUGGAUAUAUAAUUUUUCAAAAUUUGGGAAUAAUAAGAGAUUGUAAAAUUAUAUGAUGAUAUGAUAUGCUAACAUGGGAGCAUACUUUUUAAAAUCAUGUGUUUUAUUUUUUGGUUUAAAUUAGCAAUUGAAUGCAUAAACCGGAACGAAAAGUUUUGGCACUUAGUGAAACGUCAUGUAAUACGAAUUUACGUACAGUGUUUUGAAAUAGUGUAAUCCUGUAUCAAAUACAGACAUUACGCUAAUUAUCGUAUCUUGGUAGUCCUAAUUAGUUUAUUCAUGGUUUGUUUAAAAUUUACUGAAUUAUAUUCUAGUAUUGUAUUGCAUCUUGUGCUUAGUUGCAUACAUGCAGAUCACCUAAUUUUUAUGAAUAUUCGUACACGUGCAAUAAGAAAUAUUGUAUAUAUUGCAGUGAUCUUGCUUCAUAUAAGAUUAUAUCGCCGGAAAUGUCCAUCCAGAUGUGAAAUAUAAUCUUAAAACAACAUGCUACAAUAAAUGAAUGAAAUGUUAUGAAAACAAGAUUAUGUAAA